AUGGCUUACAGUAACUGGUAUGACUGGAACAUGAGUCCCUCAGAAUCCAACAAUGAUGAUGCACAUCUGAACUUGAGAGAGUUAUCCAAGUAUCCGCUACCACUCGGGUUAAAACUCACAUUGACACCCGAGAUGCUUCCAUAUUCAGAACAAAAAACAAAUGUUGUUACUGAAACUUCAUGUCAACAUGAAUCGAAGAAAGUUGAGAAGUUGAAAGCUGUUCAUUUUCCAAUAUAUAUGCUUAUGAUCGGGCAUUUCAAGAUUGAGGCGAAAUAUCCUGCGGAUUUGGUAGCUAAGUUUUAUUAUGCUAAGCGGAAACUGGUGUGGGAGGUAAUGCGUGAUGGUUUAAAGGACAAGAUUGAAAUACAGUGGCGAAAUAUUUCAGCCAUUCAAGCUAUUAUCGAGGAUAAUUCGCCGGGUAUCCUAGAAAUCGAGCUAGACAAAGUGCCAUCCUUCUAUCGAGAGAUCGAACCAAAGCCCGGAAAGCAUACUGUGUGGACCUUAUCUCAUGACUUCACUCAUGGCCAAGCUUCCAAAUACAGGAAGCACUAUCUUCAAUUCCCUCCUGGAGUUCUCGACCAAUAUUACGCAAAGCUCUUGCAAUGUGAUAAUCGAUUGCUGGAACUGAGCAAGAGACCUUUUCCUAGUUCACAUGCUAUUUAUUUUGAUUCACAUUUGGAUAAGAGGACAACACAGCUUAGUUUCUGUCAUGAUGAUUCAAAACACAUAGACCAACAAGUUCAAAUGUUUGGCUAUAUGCCUCAAAUUACUGAUUAUAAUAAUAACCCAACUUCAGACGAGGCAAUCCACAAUCAAAUGCAUCAAGAACCAAUGAUGUCAACCUCUUGGAGUCAAGGGUUUCAUUAUGAGUAUGGCACUUCACUUUCAAUGGAGUCUGUCCCACAUGAAAGUUGCAUACAAGCACAGCCAAGUGGACCAGGAGUAGGAGGCUAUGAUUUCUCAGAAAAUGAAUUCAACUCAACAUAUAUGAUGGAUAGUGCCAAUGUAGCUUACCAAAAUGUUGGUCAAUCAAUUGAAGCAAGCCUGGUUUACAACACAAAUACAAGCACACAGUUUGAUUGGUCAAUGUUCACCUGA